AUGAGCAUGGGACUGUCUGGUCAUCUCAACCAGGCCAUUGCUGCUAAUACAAACAAUAAUGCCACCACCAACUCAGAACAAGAUUCUGAAUGCACCAUUCGGGAGCAAGACCGGUUCAUGCCAAUAGCAAACGUGAUCAGAAUCAUGCGCAGAAUCCUUCCUCCGCAUGCCAAGAUAUCGGAUGACUCCAAAGAGACCAUCCAAGAAUGUGUGUCUGAGUUCAUAAGCUUCAUCACUGGCGAAGCCAACGAGCGUUGCCAGCGUGAGCAGCGGAAGACCAUCACUGCUGAGGACGUUCUUUGGGCCAUGAGCAAGCUUGGUUUUGAUGACUACAUUGAACCCUUGACUUUAUACUUGCAUCGUUAUCGUGAGUUUGAUGGUGGUGAGCGUGGAUCUUUGAGAGGGGAACCUUUGCUGAUGAAGCGGCCAAUGAUUGAUCCUGCUUCAGCUAGCAUGACGACCAUGGCGCCCUAUCAGUUGCCUCCUUUUUCAAUGGCUCAUCACCAUGGAUACUUUGCGUAUCCACCACCAAUGGGCAACGGUUAUAUACAGAGGGAUACAUCAAAUGGAAGCUCUUCUCAUGGUGCAGUGGCUACUGUGGACAAUGAUGUAGAGUCUCUUCCGGAGGAGGCUAAGGAGUAA